UACUAUCCCUUAGUUGGCACGUCAGUGAUAAUGUUAUAGUGACUGGUUCGUCUGAUAGUACUGUCAAGCUGUACAACCUCAAGACGGGUCACUGUACAAUGAGAAUAACYAUGGAGGAGUUUGAAAGUAGGAAUACACUGAUAUGGGAUGUGCACAUCACUAGUGACUAUACCAUUAUAACUGGUGAUUCUCUCGGCAAUACACARUUCUGGGAUGGAAAACUAGGAACUUUAAUCGAGAGUUACAAUGCCCAUAAAGCUGAUGUCCUGUCACUGUGUAUAAAUGAGGAAGAAGAUACAGUGUUUUCAGCUGGUGUUGACAGUAAAAUAGUCAGCUUCAAACUAACCAAAAAGGGACAGAACAAGAAAUGGAUCAAGACAAAUUCAAACAGGGUUCAUACCCAUGACGUCAGAGCACUGGCUAUGAACGAACCCAAAGACAUGCUGGUAUCUGGAGGUGUUGAUACAAAACUGGCAGUUUAUUCACUCUCAAAGUUCACCGAGUCAAACCCUAAGCUGGUUCCACCAUUUCCUCAUAAAUCUUUCAUCUCAGUCGCAUCUGAUGCUAACAUUGUAAUGGAUCAAUGUCAAAGGUCUUUACGAUUUUGGAAGCUAGGAGAGACAGAUGUGGAAAGCACUGUGAUACAGAAACUGCCAACUCAGUUACUGCAGAUCAAAGCCAAGGGAGAUAAUCACAUCAUGUGUAGUGCGCUGGCAUCAUGUUCAUCCUGGGUUGCGUUCUCUGAUAUCGAUCAUGUCAGCUUGUUCAAAGUCAAYUUGCUUUCUGAAGAUGCUACCAAAUUCCAAGUUUCAAGGGUUUUGCCCAUGCCGCCAGAUCUACUACCAGCGCAGAAAAUGGUGUUCACCCCUGAUGGACUGAAACUGAUUUGUGCAACCAACCAACAUUCUAUACAGGUGUUGGAGAUUAGUGAAGAAGUUACACUUGCUUCAACAAUUCAUCUUCCAGCAGCAAAUGAAAAUGAUCUYCCUGCAAUGUGCUUAUUGGCUGUGUCUCAUGACGGACAGUGGUUAUCAUGUGUAGACAGUAGAAAUGCUGUCAAUGUUAUCGACAUCAACAAUAAUAAGAUUCAUUCAACACUACCCACUUUUAGCAGCUAUGUUACAGCCAUGGCGUUUCAACCAGAAACACAGUUUCUAGCAAUUGUUUGUUCAGAUAAACAGAUUUUCAUGUACAACACCAACACUAGCAAGCUAACAGACUGGUCCAAGCAAGCUGCAGCUCAAGGCCUCCCUAAAGAAUGGGUCCAAAGACAUCAAAAGAUAGUCGGCAUCACCUUUGAUCCUUCAUGUUCUGACCUCAUGAUCCUACAGGACCAUGAGAUAUUUACUGUUAUARACAUGAGAGAGCCUUUGCCCGAACCCGAUGUAGCUAUAUUUGAGAAAAUAGUUAAACCAGAGGAAAAUAGAAAAAGGCCGUUCAAAGCCGAUUUAGAAGACAAACAUUGGAAAGCUAAGACUGCAAAACUAGAUACAGUUGAAGAAAAAGGGAAGAAGAAGGGAAAAGAACAAAAGGAAAAGGAAAGACCCAAGGAAAAAUCUGAAAGUAAAGAACUGAAAUCUUUUAAGAUUUGCAAGAAGUACAAGCCAUUACUUUUUUUGAAUUUCUGUCGAGAUGGUGCGUUGGUCGUUGUGGAAAGGCCGUUGCUCAGUAUGUUGGAGACCUUACCACCAACACUACAAAGAAAACGUUAUGGAAAGACCUAAAUAAUAACUUUUGUACCAUUUUAGCUUUGGGGAAAAAAAUUAUGUUUAGAAGCGUAUCAACGUUUUUGAUGACUCUUAAAUGGCUUUCCUCMUCAACCAWUCAAAAACCAAGAAAGUGGACAUCAACCAAUCAAAUUGCUUGAAUUCGGAAGCCAUUUGAGAGUUGCGGUGCUGUYCCUGUUCACAUGAAAACAGCUUUUGAAAACUUCAUCAAAAGAAAUCUUGAAAGAAAAACGUAUUUUGAUAGAAUGCAGACAGAGAAAAUACUUGGAGGAGCUACACUUUACGUUAYACAAUCUUUCAUAAUAUAUCUACAAUAAAAAAUAAACUCAAGAAAAAUUAAAAGCUAUCAACUUUUG